GCCCGAUAGAAUUUCACCUUCACUACUCUCAAACCAAACUUAAACCCUAAACCCUCCCUCUCUCUUCUGGCACCAUCUCAUCUCGGCCUCACACUCUCUUUAGCUCCCGCCGACUUCAUUUAACGCCAGCGUCUCUUGUCGCCGCCGGCUGCUGAUCUCCCGAAACCCAAAGGGUAAUGAUGGAGGUGCCAAGGCAAAAUUCAACGUUCAAACCCAUCAAACCCAAGCUCAGACCAAAGCCCAGAACCCCCACGCAAACCCCAGAGUCCAAGUACUGGUCCUCCUUCAAGAAUCACCAAAUCUCAAACCUCAUCUCUUCCAUCACCUCUCUCACCUUCUCUCCCACUCCACCACACACCUUCGCCGCAACCCACUCGACCUCGCUCACCCUCUUCAGCCCCCAAACCCUCUCCCCCUCCUCUACUAUCUCCUCCUUCCCUGAUGUCGUCUCUUGCGCCUCGUUCCGCUGCGAUGGCCUCCUGAUUGCCGCCUCGGACCUAUCGGGCCUAGUUCAAGUCUUUGAUGUCAAAACCCGGACCCCACUGCGUAAGCUUCGGUCUCACACGCGCCCAGUACAUUAUGUUCAAUACCCAGUUCAUGAUAAGCUACAUUUGGUCUCUGCUGGUGACGAUGCCCUCGUCAAGUACUGGGAUGUAGCUGCCGAGACCCCAAUUGUAGAUUUUCGGGGUCAUAAGGAUUAUGUGCGUAGUGGUGAUUUUUCACCUGUUAGUCAUGAAAUGUGCGUCACUGGGUCAUAUGAUCACACGGUUAAGCUUUGGGACGUGAGGGUGACUGAUUCCAAGUGGGUUAUGGAGGUGAACCAUGGAAAACCUGUUGAAGAUGUGAUUUUUUUGCCAUCCGGGGGGUUGGUUGCUACAGCGGGUGGGAACUCAGUUAAGAUAUGGGAUUUGAUAGGGGGUGGAAAGAUGAUUUAUUCAAUGGAGAGUCAUACAAAGACGGUUACAUCAGUUUGUGUAGGGAGAGUUGGGAAGGAAAGUGGAGAGGAGGGGAGGGAGUAUAGAGUUUUUAGUGUGGGAUUGGAUGGGUAUAUGAAGGUUUUCGACUAUGGGAGGGCGAAGGUAACGCAUUCGAUGAGGUUCCCAGCGCCACUUAUGUCAAUUGGGUUUUCGCCUGAUUGUGGGGUGAGAGUGAUUGGGAGUUCUAAUGGGAUAAUGUAUGUUGGGAAGAGGAAAACAAAGGAGGAGAAUGUGGAGAGUGGUAUCAAGAGUUUUUGGAGUUUAGGCCAGGAGGAGGAGAAAAGGGUUAUGAGGCCUUCAUAUUUUCGUUAUUUUCAUAGAGGACAAGGGGAGAAGCCUAAGGAGGGAGAUUACAUGGUAGUGAGGCCGAAGAAGGUGAAGUUAGCAGAGCAUGAUAAGUUGUUGAAGAAGUUUAGGCAUAAGGGGGCUUUGGUGUCAGUGUUGGGCAGUAAGAAUCCAGAGAAUGUGCUGGCAGUGAUGGAGGAAUUAGUUGCGAGGAGGAAGUUGUUGAAAUGUGUUGAGAACUUGGAUAACGAGGAGCUUGGGUUGUUGUUGAGUUUCUUGCAAAAGUACACCACAGUGCCAAGAUACUCAGGUUUGUUGAUGGGAUUGACAAAGAAGGUGCUUGAAAUGCGGGUUGAAGUUAUUAGAGGCUCUGAGGCCUUGGAGGAUCAAAUUAGAAACCUUAAGCGAUCUGUCGACGAGGAGAUAAGGAUACAACAGUCAUUACAAGAGAUACAGGGUAUCAUCUCUCCUUUAUUGAGGAUUGCUGGGAGAAGAUGAAACUUUAUUGCCUCUCUGUUUAUUAUGAGGUAGUUGUAUUAUUUAUUACCUGCUUGCAGCUUUGUCGUCAUGACAAUAGAAAGUUCUGCAAUUUUGUUUCAUGAGAACUCAACGUGUAUUUCUAUUUGUGGUGUUUUUAAUAUUUUGAGGAACUUUAGUUACUUGCUUAGAUAUAUCAUAUUGAGCUCAUUUUUUUCCCAGUGACAUUAUAAUUUGAUGCCUUUUAUGUCGUAUUGUUCCAUGUU